AUGCAUGUUUUUGCUAUCCUUGUCAAAUGUUUUCAAAAGAUUCCACAAAAGAAAAAGCAUUUACAGAGAGUGGAUUCUCAAACUGGAAGACGGCAAUGGAAAGUGGGAAGGGAUUUAAAAAAACACGAACAGUCAGAGGUUCAUACGCGAGCAAUGGCAUCUUGGAAAGAGAAAGAGUUUCGUGAGAAACGUGGUCAGACGGUACGAAACCUUAUCCAAGUCAGGGCAGAACACAAGAUAUGGCUGAAAACAGUAUUCAACACUACCAAAUACCUGGUUGCUAAUGGUCUUAGCUUUCGCGGACACGAAGAAAACUCGAAGUUAGAAGAGGACCUGUCAGGAGGGCUCUAUUUAAAUUCAUUCUCUGAUCUUAUUUUUCCUCAAGAUCCUCAUUUGCAACAAAUAGCAAAGAAUCUUCCGACCAAUGCAAAAUAUACCUCACCAGAAAUACAAAAUGAGGUAAUAGAAACCCUAGCAGAAAUUGUGAUAGAGACAGUGGCCAACGAGUGCAAAGAAGCAGAGUUAUUCACCCUAAUGAUGGAUGGCACUACUGAUAGCAGUCAGAGGUACAGUAUUAACCUUACAAACUUAAAUAACUGGCAGGUUAACUCCUGUAGUAGUGUUUGUUAUUAUAGUAUUUAAUUCUGGUCAUAUCACAACAAUAUUUAGUGAAAUGGAAGGUGUUGCAUUGAGAUAUUGGAACAACAGCAAAGGAGGUAUUGUGGAACAUGUGGUCGAUGUUAAGUUGGCAGAAGACAGGUCUGCAAAGGGUCUUGUGGACAUCACUACAACAACUCUAAAAGACGAGCGUGAAAUAUCAAUGGAUGGACUAGUUUCCAAUACUUUUGAUGGGGCUAGUGUCAUGUCUGGGACAAAAGGUGAGUAAGAUGCAGCAUGCAUCAUAAAGUUUAGUGUUGAUGAGUUAUCAUAAUUGAAGUCUAUAAAUAAGCACACUAUUCAUUUUAUUACACUUAUAUUUUUUAUCAGGUGGUUUGCACCAGUUAAUCCAAGAACAUUGUGGCCGUAUUAUUCCAUACAUCCACUGUCUGAACCAUCGACUUGGCUUAGUGAUAAGAGAUACUUUGUCAAACAUUUUAGAGUUAGGUGAUUUCUUUCAACUGGAUCAGGAUUUAUAUAUUUUCUUCAGAAUCCCUCAGAUUAAUAAGCUCUAUGAAGGUGAUUCUUUAAAAAGUUGA